AUCUCAAGAGCAGUUGGGUUGAUUUGAAAAAUCCAUUCAUCUCCUCAUCAUAAUAUAUAUAUAUAUAUAUAUAUCUCUCCCUUUCCGGGUACCCAUACAAUUCCUUCCUCUAAAAGCUUUUACCAACAACUCUAAUACAUACUUUUAUUUCAUUACACUAUUCAAUAUUCAAGAAUCAUCUUAUCAUACAUACAUAUCCAUCCAUCUCCGAUUUAAGUUCUAACAAGGAGCUGCAAUGACUCAGUUGAAGAAAACAACGUGGAGAUCAAUAUUUCUUCCAAGCUGUUACAAGGUUCAUGAUGAGGAGAUCCACGACCCACCACCAAAGUCUAAGAAGGAGGUGACAAAGCAGAGUUCAUUUCAGAGGAUUUCCAUUUUGGAUCUGAGUAAUCCAGGCUCCACCACCUUAUCUGAAGAUCUCUCUCACUCUCUUGCCGGUUCUAAUCUUCACGUUUUCACGCACGCCGAGUUAAAACUCAUAACCCAGAAUUUCUCUUCCAGUAAUUUUCUCGGCGAAGGUGGGUUCGGUCCGGUGCACAAGGGCUUCAUCGACGAUAAGCUCAGGCCAGGCCUCGACGCUCAGCCCGUUGCAGUCAAGUUAUUGGACCUGGAGGGUCUGCAAGGACAUAAGGAAUGGCUGACUGAAGUAAUCUUUCUUGGGCAAUUGAGGCACCCGCAUCUUGUGAAGCUCAUUGGGUAUUGCUGCGAAGAAGAGCACAGGCUUCUGGCAUAUGAAUAUAUGCCACGAGGCAGUUUAGAGAAUCAGCUUUUUAGAAGAUUUUCGGUAUCAUUACCAUGGUCCACCAGAAUGAAAAUUGCUUAUGGAGCAGCACAAGGGCUUGCCUUUCUCCACGAGGCAGAAAAGCCUGUCAUCUACCGCGAUUUCAAGGCUUCUAAUAUUUUGUUAGACUCGGAUUAUACAGCGAAACUUUCAGAUUUCGGACUGGCAAAGGAUGGGCCUGAGGGAGAUGACACUCAUGUUUCAACACGAGUUAUGGGAACACAAGGCUACGCUGCGCCUGAGUAUGUAAUGACAGGUCACUUAACCGCAAUGAGCGAUGUGUACAGCUUUGGAGUAGUCCUAUUAGAGUUGCUAACAGGGAGAAGGUCAAUGGACAAGGGGCGUCCCCAAAGAGAACAAAACCUGGUAGAGUGGGCAAGGCCGAUGUUGAAUGAUGCCAGGAAGUUGGGAAGAAUAAUGGACCCUAGGCUUGAAGGACAGUACUCUGAAAGUGGGGCUAGAAAGGCAGCUGCAUUGGCUUAUCAAUGUCUGAGUUACAGACCCAAGCAGAGGCCAACAAUGAGCAGUGUGGUCAAAAUCCUUGAGCCACUCAAGGACUAUGUUGACAUCCCCAUAGGAACCUUUGUUUACACAGUUCCGGCAGAUCAACCUGCUGAGGAUCCGAAGGAAACUGAACACAAAAAAGAAACCAGCAAGAAAGACAAUUCUUCCCACCACCACCAGCAUCACCAUAACCAUAAGCUUCAUAAUCAGCAAUUCAAAUCGCCUAAUAGGUCUCCUCUUCACCCACGAGCAGCCGCUCGCCAUCAGCAUGGUUCUCACUCUCCCUUGCACCACAAUCACAAGGAUUGAUGCAUACAUACAUGCAUAUCAAGUAUAUAUCACACUGUAAAUAUAAGUUUUACUGUUAGAUAGAGUUCAAGGCCGGGGUUUGCAUUAUAGGUCUAUGGUUUUUUUGUUUUUUUUCAAAUCUUUAAAAUCUAAGGAUGAAAUAUUCACUUGGGAUUUUGGUACUUUGGAAUUAUACAGCAACUUUUUUGUCUUUGAAUUUGUACAAGUAGAGGCAGACCAAAACUUUAGAAUUUUAUUUUUUAAUGGGAGCCAAUGUAGAAGAUAGAUCAAACAACCACAUUCACCAACUACAGAUAUGUCUUGUCAAAAGAAUAUAAACAAUUUGCCUCUACAUUCAA